UUACGCAUACUCCUCUGUCUUUUCAGCAGUUUGUCGCUGAUUGCCUGUCAUGUCUACCUUCGGUUCUGCUCUCGGGAUCCUCCGAUCCCUGCUGCUUUUAUCGCUUAUAUUAUUGCUACAGCUGGGCGGCUCCAGAGGGCUUUAUUUUCACAUCGGGGAGACGGAGAAGCGCUGCUUCAUUGAGGAGAUUCCCGAUGAGACCAUGGUGAUAGGAAACUACAAGACACAGCUGUGGGACAAGCAGUCUGAAACCUUCCUACCUUCUACUCCAGGUCUGGGCAUGCAUGUGGAAGUGAAGGAUCCCGACGGGAAGGUUAUCCUCUCCAGACAGUAUGGAUCGGAGGGGAGAUUCACAUUUACCUCCCACACGCCGGGGGAGCAUCAGAUCUGCCUGCAUUCUAAUUCAACAAAAAUGGCUCUGUUCGCCGGAGGCAAACUGAGGGUUCAUUUAGACAUCCAGAUUGGUGAACACGCUAAUAACUACCCAGAGAUAGCAGCCAAGGACAAACUGACUGAACUGCAGCUCCGGGUUAGACAACUAUUGGAUCAAGUGGAACAAAUCCAGAAAGAGCAGAACUACCAAAGGUACCGCGAGGAGAGGUUCCGAGUGACCAGCGACAGCACCAACCAGCGUGUUCUGUGGUGGUCCAUUGCCCAGACUCUCAUCCUUAUCCUCACAGGCAUCUGGCAAAUGAGACAUCUCAAGAGCUUCUUUGAGGCCAAAAAACUGGUGUGAAGUCCCUACAUCUGAACGCGCACCCAUUACGACUCAGUAGAUCCCUACACCCAAAUCAUGCCCCCCUUUUUUUUUUGCUGUACACCAGAUUUUCUGUUCUUAGAGACACUUUCUUUCCUUUUUAUGUACUUAACCUCCCAGCCUCUGUUGACAAUCAACAUGAACAGAUUCUCAUAGCUGCUUCUGGGGUUUCCUUCCACAAAGGCAAACUCAGCCAUUGGGAAAAAGCAGAACGCCUGUUUUAUCAGAUUGCUCAGACAUCCCCUCUCUUUCUCAUCUGUAUGUUACUGCCGCGUGUAUCCUGCUCUUAGCUGGUGGACAGCGCCAGAAGGAGGGCUGUGGGACGCCCUUGCUAAACGUUGGGCCAAAGCACCAAGUAACUUAUUCUGGCAACAAGAGUGAUGCUUGUACGCUGGACGCAGCCUCUCUGUGACGCUACCAGCAGCACAUCCAUCCUAGACAAGACUGAACGUUCGCAUUCUCCGUACCGGAAGCAGUGACCUGGAGAGCUGGAACCUGUUUGAGAAACAAUAUUAUACGAAGCUUCUUGGAACUUCUCCUGUUCUCUAGGCAGGAUUUGUUCCAACCGAGAUGGCUUGUAUAGUUAUCCUCGCUGUGUAUAAAAGGCUGGUGUGGUUAUUCUCCCC